CUUGCUCGAUCAGUAACCAACCAUGCACCAACUAAAGCAAGCGAUGGAUAGCUCAAGGAUAGUUCGAGUAGGUCGUGUCAAAAGGGCUUGAACUAAUCCCAUGUCCUGCGUGCUGCUCCCCUCCCGUCUAUGUUAUAUAUAGGAUCCCCUGCCUGGGGCAAGCACAUGCAGCAGAGCCAUUGAUUUAGCCAUCCAGAGCUCAGGGAAGGGGAGCUAGCUGAGCCGUACAGAAAUGGCGGCCAUCCUCGUCGCCGCCGUGAUGGUAGUGGUGCUGUCCGUCAACGCGGCGGAGAGCUCCACGGUGGAGUACCAGUUCGAUGUGGCGACGAUGAACGUGACGCGGCUGUGCGGCAGCAAGAGCAUCGUGGCGGUGAACGGGCAGUUCCCAGGCCCCACGGUGUCGGCGAGGGAGGGCGACCUCGUCGUCGUCCGGGUCGUCAACAAGGCCCAGUACAACAUGAGCAUCCACUGGCACGGCGUCCGGCAGAUCCGGAGCGGGUGGGCGGACGGGCCGGCGUACAUCACGCAGUGCCCGAUCCAGCCGGGCCAGAGCUACGUCUACAAGUUCACGGUGACCGGGCAGCGCGGCACGCUGUGGUGGCACGCGCACAUCUCCUGGCUCCGCGCCACCGUCUACGGCCCCAUCGUCAUCCUCCCCAAGCUCGGCGUCCCCUACCCCUUCGCCGCCCCCUACAAGGAGGUGCCCCUCAUGUUCGGCGAAUGGUGGAAGGCGGACACGGAGGCGGUGAUCAGCCAGGCACUUCAGACCGGAGGAGGCCCGAAUGUCUCCGACGCCUUCACCAUCAAUGGCCUCCCAGGGCCGCUCUACAACUGCUCCGCCAAAGACACGUUCAAGCUCAAGGUGAAGCCCGGGAAGACGUACAUGCUCCGCAUCAUCAACGCCGCACUCAACGACGAGCUCUUCUUCUCCAUCGCCGGACACCCGCUCACCAUCGUCGACGUCGACGCCGUCUACAUCAAGCCCAUCACCGUCGAGACCCUCAUCAUCACCCCGGGCCAAACCACCAACGUCCUCCUCACGGCCAAGCCGUCCUACCCCGGGGCGACCUACUACAUGCUGGCCGCGCCCUACUCCACGGCGGCCUCCGGGACCUUCGACAACACCACCGUCGCCGGCAUCCUCGAGUACGUGGACCCCAGCUCCCCCUCCUCCGCGGGCUUCAACAAGAACCUCCCGCUGCUCAGGCCGACCCUGCCCCAGAUCAACGACACGAGCUUCGUCUCCAAUUACACCGACAAGCUCCGGAGCCUCGCCACGGAGGAGUACCCGGCGGCGGUGCCGCAGGAAGUGGACAGGCGGUUCUUCUUCACGGUGGGGCUGGGCACCCACCCCUGCGCCGUCAACGGGACGUGCCAGGGGCCGACGAACGACAGCCGGUUCGCGGCGGCCGUGAACAACGUCUCCUUCGUGCUCCCCACGACGGCGCUGCUGCAGUCGCAUUACACGGGGAUGUCCAACGGGGUGUACUCGUCCAACUUCCCCGCCGUGCCCAAGUCGCCGUUCAACUACACGGGCACGCCGCCGAACAACACGAACGUGUCCAACGGGACCAGGCUGGUCGUGCUGUCGUACGGCGACGCCGUGGAGCUGGUGAUGCAGGGCACCAGCAUCCUCGGCGCCGAGAGCCACCCGUUCCACCUGCACGGCUUCAACUUCUUCGUGGUCGGGCAGGGGUUCGGCAACUUCGACCCCGUCCACGACCCGGCCAAGUACAACCUCGUCGACCCCGUCGAGCGCAACACCGUCGGCGUGCCGGCCGCCGGGUGGGUGGCCAUCCGCUUCCGUGCUGAUAAUCCAGGGGUGUGGUUCAUGCAUUGCCACUUGGAGGUGCACGUCAGCUGGGGCCUGAAAAUGGCGUGGGUGGUGCAGGACGGGAGCCUCCCGGAACAGAAGCUGCUCCCUCCGCCGUCCGAUCUCCCCAAAUGUUAGGAAGAGAUUGCGUCUUCUCCAAUUCCCGCAGGACAUUCACCCGCUUUUGCUUGCGUUGCGUUGCGUGCGUGCGUGCACAACUGAUUGCUUGUGUGUCGCGCGUGCGCGCGGUUGGUGCCAUCAAGUGCUUUCUUAGCUGUGUGCUCUUUAAUUUUCAUGUCAAGUCCUCGUCUGAUUAAUUGGUGAGAGUCAUGGGCAGGUUUCUUGAUCAGAAGCAACAAGUGUAGGACUUUCAUUUUGGAUUGCUGAUUAGUCCCAUCUCUUUUGUAACGUACUGGAGCUGGGUCAUAUGCCUAUGAGCCUGCCCAAUAAUUUGUACCAACAUUCCUUUGGUUUAUGGCAACAAGAUUAUUAUCGGUUAUUUAA